UUUUCAAUCUGUCAAAAACGCAACAUUCACAGCCAAUAAAGAAGCAGUCACCUGGAAAAUUCAGUCAUUCAUUAUAAUUCUGUUUUGAAAAAUUUAUUUAUUAAACCUUUUUUAUAAUUCCAUUAUCAUUCGGAAUGAGUAUUUGUAGCCUUAGGGGCUUGAAUGUGCGUUUCUGCCGGCAGGCCUACAUAUUGGCCCAUGUGCGGACAGGAGUUGUUCCAAUGCCGGGCCGCACUAAAUUGAGGUUAAGUUUGUGUGAGUGCAAUAAUCAGCAGACAAAUAACAGACGAGGAUAUGCAAUAAACACAGCAGGCGUAACAACACAAAUAGAAUUAACAAAAUUAAAGCCGUCUAUUCUUGCAGCCAUAACACCAUUACGCAGUAGUCACAACAACUUAUAUCAAAUGGUAAAAAAGCGUACAUUAGAAGCACGCACUAAAUUGCAGCGUAACAAAUUUCCUAAUAAUCAAGCAUGUGAAGAAGAAACCAAAAAUCGUUCAUCACCAUGUAAUGAUCAAAGUGGUAGCACAUUAUGCUCAUCCCCAUCAUCAGGGCCAUCUGCACCACGACCAAAAACUAGUACUAUGUUUUCUUACAAAUCCUCAUCCUCAUCUUCAUCCUCUUCAAAUUCAACCUCAUCAUCAUCACAAUGCAAGCCGGAAUUUGAAAAGCUUAAAGAUCCUUGUCCCAAACCUAAACCUGAAGUUCAGGAUAAAACGAGUGCCGGCCUAAAAGGUUGUAUUAAAAAUGCUGAAUUACUACAAGCAAACGACUGCAAUAUUAGUAAAAGAAAGAAGGUAACUUGUGAUAAAAAGCCAUGUGAAGAUGAUGGCGCAGACGGCAGUAAAAAGGGUGCUGGCGGCUCGCGUGGCUCGAUAAUGGGCGAUGAUGAAGCAAAAAAGAAGACAAGAAUGCUGAUGGCGUUGCUGGCUGCUUUGGGUCUGGGCGGCUUGCUUCUUUGGUUACAAACGCGUCGAAAACAGAAGGAUGGUGAAAGUAUAGAUUGUGGCCCAACUAGCGGGCUACCAGCCACAGUGCCAGCAACUUCUGCAGAACUGCCGAAACAUGUACCAUAUCUGUUGAUCGGUGGUGGUACAGCAUCAUUUUCAGCAUUCCGUGCCAUCAAAUCGAAUGAUCCGAGGGCUAAGGUACUUAUGAUCACAAAUGAAUUCCGAAAACCUUACAUGCGCCCACCACUUUCCAAGGAGCUCUGGUAUUCAGCAGAAAAGGGUGAAGUUACAAAAGACUAUCGUUUUAAACAAUGGACCGGUGCAGAAAGAAGUCUCUUCUUCGAACCCGAGGAGUUCUUUGUCGAGCCCAGUAAGCUAAUGGAAACUGUAAACGGUGGUAUUGCGGUUGCACACGGUUUCGCUGUCAAAAAGAUUGACCCCGCUAAGCAUGUAGCAACACUGACUGAUGGUUAUGAAAUAACCUAUGACGAAUGUUUGAUAGCAACGGGUUGCUCACCAAAAACUAUCGAUGUUUUUAAUCAAGCUCCACCUGGUGUUAGGGAAAAGGUUAUGAUGUAUCGUAGUCCAGAUGAUUUUGAACGUUUAAAACGUUAUGCUGACGAAAAGAAAUCGAUUACAAUUGUGGGGAAUGGCUUUACUGGCAGCGAGUUGGCCUGCUCACUGGCAAAUUAUGCCAAAGACAAGAAAGUGAAAAUAUAUCAAAUAUUUCCAGAAUCUGGGAAUAUGUCAAAAGUACUACCAUCCUACUUAAGUAAGUGGACAACUGCCAAGGUGGAAACAAUGGGGGUGUGCGUUAUGCCAGAGACUUAUGUGAAAGAGGCGCAACGUGAUGAUUCGGUGCUUAAGCUGGCGCUUAGCAAUGGAAAGAGUUUAUUAACUGAUGUGGUUGUUGUGUGCGUGGGAUGUGAGCCGAAUACUAACAUAGCUUUAACCUCGGGCUUGGAGGUCGAUAGGAAUUUGGGUGGUUUUGUAGUUAAUGCCGAAUUAGAAGCCAGACGAAAUUUAUUUGUGGCCGGUGAUGCAUCCUGCUUCUACGAUCCAUUGCUGGGUAGACGCCGUGUAGAGCACCAUGAUCACUCCGUGGUGUCGGGUAGAUUAGCGGGUGAAAAUAUGGUCGGCAAAAAAAAAGCCUAUACACAUCAAAGUAUGUUUUGGUCAGACUUAGGUCCCGAGGUCGGUUAUGAGGGUAUCGGCCUUGUUGACGCUUCCUUGCCCACAGUUGCUGUUUUCGCACUGCCAACACCAAAUCCCGAACGGCGUGCUGAUAAUCUAUCGGAAGCAGCCGUUAUUGAGGGUGGUGGCAGCGGCGGUGGCACUGUAACUGUGAAUCCGGAAACACCGGACGUUAAGUGUGAUCCAAGCAAUGCUGAUGAAUAUGGACGCGGUGUUAUAUUCUAUAUGAAAGAUGAUAAGAUUGUCGGCAUUCUACUGUGGAAUCUAUUCAAUCGCAUUGGUUUGGCGCGCACAAUUAUCAAUCAAAAUAAGAAAUAUGACGAUUUAAAUGAAGUGGCAAAACUUUUCGAAAUUCACGCGUAGUUCAUCACGCAACGGUCCUAUGUAUACAAUACAUAUAUAUUUAUAUAUAUAUAAAUAUAUGCAGAGAAGAGUUUUGAAGAAAUUUGUGUAAUGUUUAAAAAUAUUGUAAUACAUGCAAAAUAAUGAUAAUAAUUUGGUUAGGUAAAAAUGUUUGUUACCGUUAGUUAAUUACACACGUGUAAAUUUGCAAUGUACAAUUGGAACGAAACAAGAAGAAAAUCGUAGAAAAAAUAUGCAUUUCAAUUAAAAACAUAAACAAGCCAAACACACACGCACAUACGAAAGCCAGAAACGAAAAAUGUUUUUUUUUUUUCUUUCUUUAAUUUUAAUGAGGGUGUGUUGUUUGUGUUGAGUUUUAUGCAUUUUAGCACGUGAAGAGGCUGGCGAAUAUUUCUUUGACGAGUGUCCUAAAACCAAAAAGAAUGUUGUGUAAAUUUUUCUCGUCUUGCUACUUAUGCACAGCACAAGGUGGCACGUUAUGCUUAGCAUUUCUGUAGUUUUAAAGAAAAAAAAGAAAGAAAUUAAAAUAAUUUGUAAUUCGUUGAAUACUUUUAACUUAGUAAAUUUCCAGUAGAAACCAAAAAAAAAAUA